AUGGCCACCGCCAAAACGACUACGGCCAAGACGACUACGGCCAAGAAGACUGUGGUCACAACGUCUACUGCCACAACGACUACGGGCAAGAUGACUACAGCCAAGACGAAGCGGCAACACGUUCAACCGACUUCCACGAACACUCCAAAACGUGUUCGAUACAGCAGUCGAGUGACUGAUGAGCCGAUGCCAACCCAGCCUGUACAGCAUGAUACUCAGCUGCAAACACGAUUCGCAGAGAUGGAGCGCGCGCGUAACAACUACUACACAAACGCGGUCGUCUUGGCCAGAAUCAAGGACAAACCUAAGACAGUGGAGGACGCGUUUUCCGCCGUCGCACUUCGCUUGGACGAUGUACUGGCGGUUCUAAUGGGAACCGCUCAGUUCGAACCGGACCCUGACGCCCUGUACAAGUUUUGUGUUGAGCGUGGAGCGGAUGUACCUGGUGAGAUCGUCAUCGGGAAUCCGCUGGUGCUGCAUGAGCAGGCCUUCCAACGGGCCCUGGGAGACCUUCAGAGCUGGGAGCUGAGGAUGUACUGUUCGUCUGCUUCGUUUUUCGGCUAG